GCUAAAACGAAGUCCUUGACAGCUCCAAUUAGGGAGUGUCUUCCAGAAAUGGCUAAGCUCUACUUCCUCUUUGCAAUAUUACUGCAUGGUGCUCUUCUUCUUGUUGUUCAUGUUCAUGGCCAGGACCAACAAGGUUUUAUCAGCGUUGAUUGUGGUGCUUCAGAAGACCAUACAGACAACAUAACAGGUAUCAAAUACACUACAGACGAUAACUACAUAGACAGUGGUGUUAGCAAGACUAUAUUACGGGAAUUCAAUACCAGAUUCCUUGACAAGAAGUACUCGAAUGUCCGAAGCUUCCCUGAGGAAACCAGAAACUGUUACACCCUUAGACCAACUGCAGGAAAGAACCAUAGUUAUUUGAUCCGAGCAAGUUUCAUGUAUGGAAACUACGAUGACAAAAGCCAAUUCCCGGAAUUUGACUUGUAUCUGGGAGUUAACAAGUGGAAUACAGUGAAACUGAUGGAUGCAUCCAAUAUCACCACCUUUGAAAUCAUUCAUGUUCCACAAUCAGACUACAUACAUGUUUGUCUGGUGAAUACAGGGUCUGGUGUUCCUUUCAUAUCUGUAUUAGAGUUGAGGCAGCUCAACAAUAAUUCUUAUAUUACCCAAACUGGAUCUUUGGAACUCUUUGCGAGAUCAGACUGCGGCUUGUCGCCUAAUGAAAUAGUAAGGUACCAAGAUGACACUUUGGACCGUAUAUGGUCACCCUUGAACUUUGAAGCUUGGGAUGUAAUAAAUACCUCAUCAUCUGUUGUCCCUAAUAAUUUCCUACCACCGCCGACUGUGAUGAGCACUGCAAUCACACCAAAUAAUGUAGACAAUACCGGCGUGGGAAUCAGCUGGAGGAGUGAGGGUAACGUCUCAAAGGAUUUUUACCUCUACUUGCAUUUUGCUGAGAUUGUUGAAUUUGAUGAGCUCCAAGACAAUCAAACCAGAGAAGUCAACAUAUUUAUAAAUAACGAACUAUGGUAUGGACCAUUUUCUCCUAAUUACUUGAGAGCAAUUACGAUAUACAGCAUAACACCGGCGACUGGAUCAUACUUUGAGAUUUGGAUAAACAGAACCACAAAUUCAACCCUGCUGCCUAUACUGAAUGCCAUUGAGAUUUAUACUGUGAAACAGCUUCCAAACCCACAAACAGACCAAAAUGAUGUUGAUGCUAUAAUGAAUAUUAAGUCCUUCUACGGACUGAAGCUCAAAAACUGGCAAGGAGAUCCCUGUGCCCCGGAUACAUACGUGUGGAAUGGUCUCAAUUGCAGCUACGAUGGUUUUAGUCCACCUAGAAUUGUAUCUCUGAACUUAUCAUCAAGUGGAUUGACUGCAAAAAUAGCUCCUUACAUAUCCAACCUCACGAUGAUACAGACAUUGGAUUUGUCAAACAAUAAUUUAACCGGGACAGUUCCUGAUUAUCUAUCUCAGCUUCCAUUCUUGAAGACUCUAAACCUGCAAGGGAACAACUUGUCUGGGACACUUCCAGUAGGACUCUAUGAAAAAUCAAAGAAUCAAUCAAUCUUGUUGAGUGUGGAAGAAAAUCCAAACCUUUGUUUGACGGAUCCAUGUCAGGAGAAGAAGCAGAAGAAGAAGAACAACGAUGACUUUGUUGUUCCAGUUGUAGCCUCCGUUGGUGGAUUUAUGGGCCUCCUACUAGCUGCACUGGCUAUCUACUGGGGCCUUAAAAGGAAGAAACAAGCUGCUGGAGGUACAACUGCAACGAAGGUGAAUGCUGAGUUCAGUGAUAAAAAAGAUGAGGAAUUAGAAAUGGUAAAGAAACAGCAAUUCACGUACUCAGAAAUACUGAGCGUUACUAACAACUUUGACCGUGCGGUUGGGAAAGGAGGAUUUGGGACAGUUUACUAUGGCCACUUAAAUGAAAAUGAAGUUGCCAUUAAGAUGCUCUCCCAUUCAUCGGCUCAAGGGUUCAAGGAAUUCCAUGCAGAGGCCAAACUUCUUACAAGAGUUCACCAUAGAAACUUAACUACUCUUGUUGGUUAUUGCAUGGAAGGCCCUAACAUGGGGCUCAUUUAUGAAUACAUGUCUAAUGGAGACUUAGCAUGGCAUCUGUCAGAUAGAAAUCCCCAUACCCUGAAUUGGGAAGAGAGACUCAAAGUAGCAAUAGAUGCAGCUCAAGGACUGGAAUAUUUGCACAAUGGCUGUAAACCACCCAUGAUCCACAGAGAUGUGAAAUCCACAAACAUAUUGUUGAAUGAAAAGUUGCAGGCCAAAUUGGCUGAUUUUGGGCUGUCCAGAGCUUUUCCAGCUGAAGGUGACUCUCAUGCGUUCACAGCGGUGGUUGGCACACCAGGCUAUCUUGACCCUGAGUACUAUGUGUCAAACAGGCUGACUGAGAAAAGUGAUGUAUUUAGCUUUGGGGUAGUUUUGUUGGAGAUAAUCACUGGUAGACAAGCAAUCGGCAAGAACAGCGACCAGAAUGGUCAUGUGGUUGAAUGGGUUAACUCGAUUCUAUCCAAAGGGGACAUACAGAAUGUUGCUGAUCCAAGAUUACAGCAAGAGUAUGACAAAAAUUCUGUUUGGAAAUUGUUAGAAUUGGCAAUGGCUUGUACAUCUAUCAAUUUGACCAAAAGGCCGACCAUGAGUCAAGUAGUAACGGAAAUAAAGCAAUGCUUGGCAAUGGAAAUGGAUAAGAGUUUCAACAACGAUGUGUCUGAAAUAAUUGAGUUACCUGAAAUUAUUUUGAACACAGAGCAGGAGGGUCCCAAAUCCAGGUAGUACAAAUUUGAGUGUGUUUGAGGAGCUUUUUUCUGCUUCAAAUUGAUGAUUUAAAAAGCUCUUUUUGGGUUUGUGCUCUUUCCUAAUUAAAGAAAGCUUUUGUUUUUAAUCUACAUUCUGAUUUUUCUGCACAUGCUGUGCUCAUUGUACAAAAUUUGAUGUAGUUUUGCACAAUGCCAUACCAGAGA